AUGGCACCGCGAUCUUUUGUCUGUCUUCCGCACGAACUGCGGCACAUGGUCUACAAAUAUUACUUUACCACUAAGCAAGGCUACCAUUUUAGUCCAGCAUCUGGCAAGCUCACUGCCACCCACGGCGAGCCUAUCGACCUUGCCCUCAUAUAUACAUGCAGGUUCGUUGCUGAAGAGACCAAAGAAAUGCCUCUCUCGUACAAUGACAUCUCCUUCAAGACCUUCUAUCAACAGGAUCUUAGCCCGUGGCUAUGCCGCUUCGAUAGGCUAGUCGCUGCCCAGUUCCAGCAACAACUUCAACUUCUCAUUCGGUUAUGCCCGUUUAUCACACCAGAAAAUCACCUCCGUAUUAAGGAAAGGUUUCCGUGGUUUAGUACACAUCUCUCUAACGCACUCCUUUACCACGCGAACCCAGAACUGGGAUCUCAAUAUGAAUGGAGAGAUGCACUGAACAGUUGGGGGUAUUCGCUAGACGUCACGCCCCCAGAAAACGAGAUCUACAUAGAAAUCUGUUCCAACGACCGAGCACAUUCUGCACACCGAGCGGCUAUCGAGUUCACCUUGCGACUUCUUUGCGAAACGUCGGACGAACAAUUCACAGCCAGUGUCAAUGAGACCCUUGUCGAUUGGGAGUACAGCGGAGGUGCGCGGCUCUCGAAUUUCCUUGACCGAUGCUACAAGCCCUGGCGUUUCCCGCCAUCAUUAUCCGACCUUGAUGAAAUGGGACGCAGGUUCAAAGAUGACAAGGGAUGGGCUUCGAUAAAUUCGUGGAAGGCUAGUAACAGUUAUGGAAUGCAGUAUCGCCUACUCUACCGCUUCUCUGCUGUUUCAGCUGCCAUAGAGUUCCUCGAUGCCCUGCCUAUCAACAAGAGGUCGGCUCUUCGCAAUAUUAUCAUUCACGAAGAUCGCAUGUCCACAGGCUACCCAGACGGGCAUGCUAUAGGUCUUAUCCCAUUCUGCCAAGAGAACAGACGAUUGCGGAUCAGACAUCAGUUUAGCAUGAUAAGCAACCUUUUCGAGCGCGCCUACUUUUUUGGAGUCGGAGGCUUCGAUGGAAUUCAAGAUUGCAAGGGUGACUCAACUGGAGAGUUUCUUCUUAGAUAUGCAGCUCCAGGUCUGUGGGCCAUCGUUGUAAACUGCCUAGCCGAGGCCAUGUAUCUCCCAGAUUCUGGCAUGCCUGAUGGCUCCUAUACCCUGCUCCUGGACGGAGAAGAUGCUGGGGAUCUGUGUUCGGAGAUCUUCCAACGAGAGAUACUUGGCAAAGAAGCUAUGCGGCUGGUACUUAACCGUGCUCUAAAAGAAGACCCUGGCAGCGAUUGGGCGGACGACAGUUCACGCGCGAUAGAGGAAUCCCUCAAAGCACACGCCGGCGCCCUGGAACAUCUUGUCAAUAAGACAUCGUUCUUUGAGUCGAAUUUCUAUCCUGGGCAUCUGAACAACUUGGACGCUUUGAUGGCGCACUACAAAGAGGUUGGGAUGGAGGAAUGCGCUUUUGACCUUGCCUGGGAAAAGGAGUGUAACUACGACUUCACGUUAGUCAGCUGUAUCUCCAAGUUUGGGCCGAUGCUGAUGGAAAACUUUGAGUGUCCGAAGGUAAUGACACCCCAGAAUCUGGGGCCAUUGUGUUGGGUAGCUUGUAGACUGCCCGAAUCGACUGUAUAA